AAUAUUUCUUUAAUAAUUCUAUUCAAUUUAUUUAAUUUAAUAAAUUGUGAUUUAGUAAAUACAAAUUCAAGACAAUGUGAACCAAUACGUAUUGAUUUAUGUCGCCGUAUAGGUUAUAAUGAAACAUCAAUGCCGAAUAUGUUAGGACAUGAAGUACAAGCUGAUGUUGAUUUUACAUUACAAACAUUUGCACCAUUAAUUCAAUAUGGAUGUAGUACACAAUUAAAUUUCUUUUUAUGUUCAGCUUAUGUACCAAUGUGUACACCGAAAGUAUCAGUUCCAAUUGGACCAUGCCGUAGUUUAUGUGAAACAGUUCGUACACUUUGUGUACCAGUAUUACAAAGUUUUGGUUUUCCAUGGCCACCAGCAUUGGAUUGUAAUCGUUUUCCAGCUGAAAAUAAUCAUGAACAUAUGUGUAUGGAAGGUUAUGGUGAACCAAAUUCAGGACCAAAUGGUAAUAUAAAUAAUAAUAAUAAUAAUGGAAUAUCAACAAAUGUUGGUUCUACUGGUACAAUUAUGAAUGGUGUUAAUGUUAUAACACCAAUAUCAAAAAUAACUUCAAUACAUCAAACAAGCUGUUCUGGUUUAGCUAAAAGUCAUUUAUAUAUAAGAUUAAAUCGUUCUGGUCGUUGUGCACCGCUAUGUGAAGCUGAUAUAUUAUUUGAUCAACGUGAAAAACAUUUAGCUGAAAUAUGGGUAACAGCAUGGAGUUAUGCAACUUUAGGAACAUCAAUAAUUGCAAUAUUAUGUUUAAUAUUUACUGAUACAAAAUGGGAUAAAAUUUUAACACCAUUAGUCGCAUGUCAUACUUUAGUAGCUAUUGGAUGGACUGUACGUUUUGUUGUUGGUAGAAUAGCAUCAUCAUGUGGUUAUGAUCCACAAAUACCAACAGUACAAUUAUUAUUAAUUGAUGGAUUAUCGAAUGCUUCAUGUGCUGCAACAUUUUUAUUGCGAUAUUAUUUUGGAAUGUCAGCUGGAAUAUGGUGGUCUAUAUUAUGUUUGAAAUGGCAUCGUGGUAUACGGAGUUCACGUUUAGAUUCUAAUGAACCAGUAGUCAAUGCUACCAAUACAAAUAAUAAUGUUAAUAAUAAAAUAAAUAAUGGUACUAUUACUAAUAAGAAAAAUAUCAGAAAUAAGGAAACUUUUAGUAAUUUAGCACAAUUGGCUGCAUGGGGUUUACCAGCAUUACAAACUGGAGCUGUUUUAGUAACAAGAUUAGUUGAUGCCGAUGAAUUAUUAGGUACCUGUUAUGUUGGUAAUCAAUCUGAUAAAGCAUUACGAUUAUUAGUUGCGACACCAUUAUUUUGUUAUUGGAUUUUUGGAUCUGUUAAUUUAUUUGCUGGUUAUUUAGUUUAUCGUCGUAAUAAAACAUUAACUGGUCCAAUAACAUCAUCAACAAAUACAAAUCAUUCAAAUAUUUUACCAUUAUCAUCAUCAUCAGUUCCAUCAUCAUCAUCACCAUCAUCAUUAUCGUCAUCAUCGUGUAUGGCAAUUGAUAUGAAUGGUGUUGGACAAUUUCUAUUUAUUUAUUGUAUACCAAGUGCAUUAUUAUUAAUUUCAGUAAUAUAUGAAUUUGCAAAUAGUGAUAUAUGGUUAAAUUUACCAGAACCAAGUAAUGAACCAACAUUACCAAUAAAAGCAUCAAUGUGGUCAUUUAUGACACGUGCAUUUAUGGAAUUAUUAUUAGGUGUUAUAUCAUCAGCAUGGGUACUUGGUCCACGUAUUUCAACAUUAUAUAAAACACGUUUUGGUCCAAAAUAUAAACAGACACCAACAUCAAAAUAUCCAUCAUCAACAGCAUAUAGUACAGCAUCAUAUCAAACAGUAUGUCAAUCGGCAACAAUAAUGACAUCUGAUAAAAUACCAAUUAGAUAUCCAUCAACAAGAAAAUAUCCACAAAUGGCAUUACCACAUCCACCGGCACGUAAUAAAACAAGAUCAAAUGGAAAUUAUAAAUUUUCACAAAAUUUAAGUCAUUAUGGAAAUGAAACAGUUUUGUAAAAUUCUAGUUAUACAUUUCUUUAGCAUAUAUACAUAUAUAUAUGUACGUGUUAU